UAAAAGUUAUAGAAAAACACUAGAUGUGACAUGGGGAAUAGUGUCACCGACAUUUAAUUUUAAUAAAUAAAUAAAAAAAUGAAAACGUGUUGGGUGGAUCACUUUUGGUGGUAGGUGACAUAAGAGAAAUAUUUCAUCCACCUACAACGUCACAUAAAAAACAAUGUCUCAACUAACUCUGUGGACCCCACAAACACCAUCCUUACAAGCAAGCCUUUCAUCCACUACACCACACCGGUUGCCGGUACACCCGUGUCGUACCUCCACCAACCCCAUUCACAUCCCUAACCUUCCCAAUAAAUCCAGUCAUUACACACAAUUACCCGAUCCGAUAACAAACCCGAACCACUCGAACCAGAACCACCAACACCACCGGUCUCUAUCCAUACACAACAUGGCGAAACUAGAGCUCCCACCACUCCCACCCCCGCCCCCAUUCUACUGGGGCGAAACACCCGAAGAAGAAUACUACAAAUCCCAAAACGUCCGCAACAAUAAACUCUAUUUCCAGACGUCAAAUGGGAAAAUCUUCACCCAAUCAUGGCUCCCAUUAGACGAAACACAACCAAUAAAAGGGGUCGUGUUCAUGAACCACGGAUAUAGAAACGACACCAGCUGGUGCUUCCAGAAGAUAUGCAUCGCAUAUGCAAACUGGGGAUACGCUGUAUACGCAGCGGAUAUGCUCGGACACGGACGGUCCGAGGGUAUCCGUGCGUAUGUUGGUGAUAUGGAAAAGGUUGCUACGACGUCGUUGUCGUAUUUUGUUAGUGUUCGCAACAGUGAAAAGUAUUGUAAGCUGCCGGCCUUUUUGUUUGGGGAGUCUAUGGGUGGGUUGGUUGCUAUGCUUAUGUAUCUCCAAUCGGAGCCUGACACGUGGACCGGGUUGAUUUUUUCGGCUCCACUUUUUGUUACACCGGAAAAGUGUACCCCGUCUAAGCUACAUAUAACCAUGUACGGACUGUUAUUUGGGCUUGCGGAUUCAUGGGCGGUAAUGCCCGAUGGUAAGGGACCGGUAAACGCGAUUAGAGAUCCCGAGAAACUAAAGAUAAUAGCGGUGAAUCCGCAACGGUAUUUCGGGAAGCAUAGGGUGGGUACAAUGAGAGAAGUGGUGAGAUGGACGGAUUUCAUACAAAAUAACUUCGACAAGGUUAAAGCCCCCUUUAUAGCGUUGCAUGGGACGUCGGAUGAGGUCACAUGCCCGAGUGGGUCCAAAAUGUUGUAUGAGAAAGCGUCAAGUGAAGACAAGACUUUGAAGUUGUACGAGGGUAUGUACCAUUCAUUGGUACAAGGAGAGCCCGAUGAGGCUGCUAAUCGUGUGUUGGCUGAUAUGAGAAAGUGGAUCGACGAGAAGACAGUACAAUAUGGCCCUAAAAGUAUUGAUAACUAACCAAAAGUAAACGGUGUAUAUUGUCAUCAUAUAUUACUAUUAUUAUUCAAUGUGUGAAUUAUUGAUUAAAGUGUUUGGAUUGGUUUAUGAGAUUGUAACUUUACGCAUUGACUAAAAUCGAUAUUUGGAAAUG